AUGUCUGGAAGACGCGGCAUGCACUCCCAUGGUACAGAUCAGCCACCCGUGAAGAAGCAGAGCAAGUGGUCACCGGAGGAAGAUGCCCUUAUCAUCGAGCUUCGAGGGCGUAAUAUGAAGUGGGAGGAUAUCUCAAAGCGUCUGCCUGGCCGGAGUGCCAUCAGCUGCCGCCUACACUACCAGAAUUACCUCGAAAGACGGAGUGAAUGGGAUGAAGAGCGCAAGAAUAAACUUGCCAGACUCUACGAAAGGUUCAAACCAGAAAUGUGGGCAAAAGUUGCAGAAGAGAUGGCGGUGCCCUGGCGAGCAGCAGAGGCCAUGCAUUGGCAGCUUGGUGAGGCAGAUAUGGCUAGACGUGCCGGCGUUAUCCCUUUCUCUCUAGCUGCAGUCAAUGUCGAGGGAAACAACAGUCACAGGAGCUCCCCCUCACGCAGCCACAUCCACUCGCAGCCCCAAGUCAGCAUGCCUCGCGAUCUUGGAGUACCAUCACCUCGAAUUGUGUACAACAGACCUCCGCCGAUGCCUGCCAGCAGCCGAACUAUGGUUCCCCGCCGAGAGUCGAUUCCCCCGCCGCCUCCUUUGUCCAUGGUUCCAGAUCCUGCUGAAGCUCAGUAUGUACCAGGGCCAGGUUUGGCCCCGAUCCAGAACCAGCCACCACCUCGAACAGCUGGUAUGCUUCCUGGGGUUGCUGAACUUACCGGAGGAGUCAGCCCCUAUAGUGCACCUGCUGCAGUGCCUAACAUGGGACCUAUACCCGGCGUAGGUCAGGGCCCUCUGUAUUCAACACUCGCCAGUUACUCGAUGGAAUCGGCUGGGUCCAAACGAAGAGCUUCCCCAGAUGAAUACUCGCACGAGGCGAACCAGCGACGCCGAAUCACAUAG